CCUGCUGUGUAAACACUGUUUCCACAUGCAGCCACAGCUCACUGGUUUCCUGUGUUUGUGGUAAAUCAGUGAAUGUACAGAUUCAAAAUGAAAUCGGCUCACCUGUGCACAAAAACGUAGAGGUUAUCAUUCACUGAGUUCAUGUGACUCACAUGUUAAUGUAGUAGUGUGAAUGAAUCCAAACACUGAGAAUUACAGGUGUGUUCAGGUGAAGUGAUUCUAUAAAUCCUGCACCCACUGAGAGCGUUUCUUCCUACGUGGAGCCCAUUUCUCCUUUUUAGUUAAGUCUCCACAUUGACGUUGAGGUUUCAGGUUCAUUUGUUUGACCUUUGACCUGGACCUGGGUCUCUAAUAGUCCAACAGAGUCCUGCCUGAAACCAGUUAGUAACCAGUUUGUUUUUGUGUCAGUGCUGCUGGUCGUCAGGCAACAAACUGUCACGAGACAAAAAACAGUGAAAAUCCCCCAAAGAACAGGAGACAGGAAAACGCCUAAUGAGGCCCCGUUAGGGACCUUAGAGGGGAGACAGGUGGGAGAGAGCUGCUCAGGUGUGUCAGAGCACAGAGGAGAACACAUUUGAACACCAGCAGCGGGCCGGACUCUGUCUGCUGGAACCGAAGGGAAAGUGGACGUGGACUCAGCAGCACUUCCUGCAGUUCUCUUCUUUGUGGACUUUGAUGGACAGACGGGCGCACGGAUCCUGAGCUGCUGAGACACCACAGAGAUGGGCUGUCUGGGCGGGAAAACCGAUGAAGAACGACUGGAUGAAAAAGCGAAGAGAGAAGCGAACAAGAAGAUCGAGAAACAGCUGCAGAGGGAAAGACAGGCCUACAAAGCCACACACAGACUCUUACUGCUGGGUGCAGGAGAGUCGGGUAAAAGCACCAUUGUCAAGCAGAUGAGGAUUCUUCACGUGGAUGGUUUUAAUGCUGAGGAGAAGCAGCAAAAGGUUCAGGACAUCAGGAAGAACGUGAAAGACGCCAUUGUGACCAUCGUGUCAGCUAUGACUAUGCUGACUCCACCCGUGUCCCUGGGUAACCCUGGCAACCAGUUCAGAGUGGACUACAUCAGGAGCAUCGCACCCCUGUCAGACUUUGAAUACACAGAGGAAUUCUUUGAGCAUACUCAGAAGCUGUGGGAGGAUGACGGCGUGAAGGCGUGCUUCGAGCGCGCCAACGAAUAUCAGCUGAUCGACUGCGCCCAGUACUUCCUGAACAGGUUGGACUCAGUCCGGAGGCCCGACUACUCACCUACUGACCAGGACCUGCUGCGCUGCAGAGUUCUGACUUCAGGGAUUUUUGAAACCAGGUUUCAGGUGGACAAAGUCAACUUCCAUAUGUUUGAUGUAGGAGGACAGCGGGAUGAGCGCAGGAAGUGGAUUCAGUGCUUCAACGAUGUGACUGCCAUCAUCUUCGUGGCAGCGAGCAGCAGCUACAACAUGGUGAUCCGAGAGGACAACUCCACCAACCGCCUCCGGGAAUCUCUGGACCUCUUCAGAUCCAUCUGGACCAACAGGUUCCUGAAGACAAUCUCAGUGAUUCUCUUCCUGAACAAACAGGAUGUUCUGGCUGAGAAGAUUCUGGCUGGAAAGUCGAAGCUGGAGGAUUAUUUCCCGGAAUACAACAACUACCAGCCUCCAGCUGACGCUGUUCCAGACAAUGAUGAAGACCCCAAAGUGAUGAGAGCCAAGUUCUUCAUCAGGGACGAGUUUCUGAGGAUCAGUACCGCGAGCGGCGACGGCAAACAUUACUGCUACCCUCAUUUCACCUGUGCCGUCGACACUGAGAACAUCCGCCGCGUCUUCAACGACUGCCGUGACAUCAUCCAGCGAAUGCACCUGCGGCAGUACGAGCUGUUGUGAUUGGCUUCCAGGCACGCCUGGCUCCGCCCACUCUGAAGAAGUUGAUAUGUAAUCAAUGCUGAUAGCUGAUCAAUGCUCAUAGUGUAUAUGUUAUUAGUGAUAAAAUACUUAAACAGCAGUUUGAUCCGUUUGAAUAAUUAAACACCUUUGACCUGUGAACUUGGGGUCAAAGGUCAGUCCUUAUUCAGAAACAUUCUCAAACAUCUUUACUUUAAUGCUUGUCUAAC